AUGAUUGAAAACCCAUCACCAACUUGCGAUAAUGAUGGAUCCAAUCAAAAUGUGACCAUGGAAAGUUGUUCAGAUGCUCCUCAGGCACCACCAGGUCCAUUUGCCAACAGAACUUGA